AUGAAUCUCUUUACCAGUUCGCGGAGCCUCCAUCUUCUGAUGGUCUUGGCCGUCAUCUUGGUCGCCCCUCCAGCGGAGGCGGGCCUGCGUCUGCGCCACGCCCCACGAUCGGCCACGCCCCCGGCCAGCACUACGCCCACCAUUACUUCCGCGACCUCGGCGGAGGAGGCGCCACCGCAGGAGACCGGAGAACAGGAGAGUGCUCCUCCGCUGGCCGCCUCUCAGGCGACCGAACCGGAAACGGAAGUGGAGGUCACCACGGGGAAGCACAAGCGGGGCAUUCUGCACGGCCACGCCCACCUGCACCAGGGCCAGUGGCCCGCCCGCACCUAUGCCGCCCACUACGGCUACAGCCUCCAGCUGCCCGGCGGCAGUGCCUUCCUGGCCGCCGCUCCUCCGCAUCGCCACUUCGUGAAGUACGGACAUGGUCACGGUGUGGUGAAGCCACUGACCCUCGUUUCCGGUUCCGGUCUGCUGCCUGGCCUUGCUCCGGCCCCCGCUCCCGCUGCUCUGCUGCCCACCGGUUUGCCCGUUGGAUUGCCCGCCGGAUUGCCCACUGGAUUGCCCACUGGAUUGCCCGUUGGUUUGCCCACUGGUCUGCCCGCCGGAGUGGCCACCGCCCUGGCCCCGCCCUCGUAUGUCCUGCGACCCGGCAACGCCCUCGUCUCCUCGUACAGCGUCAACUAUCCGCACCAGCACCUGCAGAAGCCCGUCGUCCUCCAGUCCGCCGCCGUGAAGCCGCUGCACUUCCAUGCUCCUCCGGCCCACGCCCAUGUGCACGCCGUGCAGCCAACGUAUGUCCAGGCCUUUGCUCCCACUGCUCCCGCUGUUCCUGUCCAGCCAGUUCAGCCUGUUCAGCCUGUUCAGCCCAUCCAGCCAAUUCAUCCUGUACAACAUCUUCAGCCCAUUCAGCCAAUUCAGCCCGUGACCCAUCAGUAUCAGCCCAUCCAACCAGUUCAGCCCCUGCAACCAGUCACCCCCAUCCAACCAGUUCAGCCUCUGCAGCCCAUCCAGCCCAUCCAGCCCGUCCAGCCCUCAGUGGCCUUUGGGGUUCCGGCUCCCGCAGCUGUGGAUCUGCCCGUGAUCCCCCAGUUCCCGCAGCAGCCGCAGUUCCCUGGAGUGCCCACCUUUAGCUUCCAGCCUGCCCAGCCAGCGGUGCCCGCGCAACCCGCUGUGCCCGCCCAGCCGAUUCCGGCGAUUCCGGCUGCUCCCGAAGCCCCGGAAGUUCCCCAGAUUCCUGCCAUCCCGCAGAUUCCACAAAUUCCCCAAAUACCCCAAAUACCACAGUUCCCUGGAAUUCCCCAGUUCCCUCAGUUCCCCGGCUUCCCGCAGAUUCCCCAGUUCCCCCAGGCGCCGGCCAGUCCAUCGGUGCCCUCAGUGCCUGCGGUGCCAACGGUUCCCUCCUUCCCCAGUCCGCCCACCAGUCAGUUCUUCCCGGCUGCCCCCCAGCCGCCGCUGCCCCAGCAGCCACCCACCUUUGGCCAGCCGGAGGCACAGUUCCCCGGCGGAAUUGUACCCCUGCCGGGAUCCACGCCCGUGCAGCCGGAGUCGGGAACGGGCAUUGCCUCGCCGCAGAUUCCCCAGUCGCCGGAGGCGGAGAAUCCGGCGGAGGUGACACCGCAACGACCACCGAGCCAGCAGCCCUGGAAGCCGGUGUUCUAUCAACCACCCACCGAAUCCGCGCCAGCAUCGCCCACUCGUCCUUCGAUCACCCUGCUGCCGCCCUACGGAUCUUCGCCAGCCGAAGGUUACCUGCCGCCCGUGGGAUCGCAGCCAUCGGCCCUGAGUUCCAGCAGUGCCGGAAUCGGGAGCCAGGGCGGCAUCUUCGACCAGCUGAGCGACGCGGAGCUGGAGCACAUCUUCGCCCAGGCCAAUUUGGCGCAGCAGCAGCACCACCAGGGCCACAAAUACCACCACUACUGAGCUAACUAACUAA